UUAACUACAUACAUUCUAAUUGUGUGUGUGAGAGAGAGAGAGAGAAGAGAGAUACAUAAAUAAUUAAGAUGGAAUAUGCAAUGAUUCGUUCUUCUAACUCCAAGUGUGUUGCGACAAUCCUUCUGGUAAUUGUUUUAACCAUCACAAAUUGUGGUGAAGCGAAAGGGAGAGAAUUCCGACAAUCAAACACAGUAUUCAUUAGAAGCUCAUGUAGCUCCACAACAUACCCAAAACUAUGCUACACUUCGCUGGUGAAGCAUGCGGCAUUCAUUCAAACAAACCCUGUUCUUCUAACAUGUCCACGAUGGCGAGGAGCGGUGGCCUGAGCGGGAGAGACGCGGCGGCUAUGCAGGACUGCAUGGAGGUGCUGGCUGAUUCCGUGGAGGAGCUCACAAAAUCGAUUGGAGAAAUGAGUCAUUUGAGGACAAGUAAUUUUGAAGGAACAAUGAGUGAUGUUCAAACUUGGGUCAGCGCUGCUUUGACCGAUGAUACCACCUGCACUGAUGGCUUCCAACAGACCCCUAGUUCUGUCGCCGAAGAUGUUAAGACCGCCGUCCGUGGCCGCGUCGUCGAGGUGGCGCAACUCACUAGUAAUGCCUUGGCUUUGAUCAAUCAGCUCGCUAAUGGCCAUCCUUAAGUAUACAUAGUUUGUGGAAAUUAAUUAUUAAAGGUGACUAUUCACAUGGUUAAGAUAUUGUCACGUAUUAUGUUAAAAACUUUAGUUAAAUCUCAAACUACCUAAUGUUUCUUAUAUCUUUGUGUAAGUAUUAAAAUGAUGAAGUGAGAUGCUGAUCUAAGGUUAGCAUCAUCAUGUUGGUUUUGCAGUGUAAGUGUGUGAACUAUUAAUUAAUAUAAUUUAUUGUAUAUAUA